AUGCCAAGAUUGGUAAGCAAAUGGCUUGGUGGAAUUCCAGGGCUCUUUCGGAAUGAUUUGACAUCGAGAAGUCUGGCUACUGUCGCUACAGAAGUCUCAAAAGUGGAAGAAAAUCGUUCUACAGUCAGAGUUAGCGACAAGAUUUUAAAUUGGUCCAGAGAAGCCAUAGCUCAAGGAAAACCGCAUUUCAGAGUCGGUGGCACACAACAUUACUUCCCUAAGGCUAGAUUGGUUUUGCUCAGGCCGAAUGCGAAACAUACUCCAUACCAGGCGAAGUUCAUUGUUCCUAAAUCAUUCAAUAAGCUUGAUCUUCGAGACUACUUGUUUCACGUCUAUGGCCUUAGAGCAAUGAACGUUACCACACAGCUUUUGCAUGGUAAGUACACCCGUGUCAAUCAGGUUAUGCCUCGUUACAGAGCACCCCAGAUCAAAAAAAUGACUAUCGACAUGGCCGAGCCAUUCAUCUGGCCCGCAGAACCCAAAGACAAAGAUCCAUGGGGCGCUACGCUGGUCGAGGAUUUGAGCAAAUACCGUGAAGAACAAACUAGAAUUGGUUCCGACAAAUAUAAGCCAGGUACUGCGUUUGACGGUGCCUUGGGUCCAUACCAGCCAGGAGCUCAGCCUUUUGUACCCAAAUUUUUGAAGAGAAGACUACUGAACCAAAAGAAUAAAACUAAGCUAAGAGAAUCUCAAUUGCAGAAAAGACUGAAAGUAGACGCACUCGUGCAGACGAUGAGCGCAGGUAGACAAUAA